AUGAAACUUUAUCCUCUUUAUUUCAAUUCCAGCCAAGGCAAUGUACAAGAAUUUAUUCUCUCUUCCAUUUCAACCAUUUAUGACAUCCAAAUUCUUCUGUCUAUCUCAUUUACAGUUAUCUAUUUCAUUACCAUUUUUGGCAACACAGUCAUUAUUUUAAUAAUACAACUGGACAUUCGUCUUCAUUCGCCCAUGUAUUUUUUCUUAACAAAUUUAUCAUUCCUAGAUCUAUGUUACUCCUCAGUAACAGUUCCUAAAUUGAUUGAUAUUCUUUUAAGUGGCAACCAGAAGAUUUCUUUCUAUGGUUGCAUUGCUCAAAUGUAUUUUUUUCAUGUCCUUGGGAGUUCUGAGAUGUUUCUCCUUGCUUCAAUGGCCUACGAUCGUUAUGUGGCCAUAUGUAAUCCUCUGCGAUACCCUAUUAUCAUGAGAAAGGAAGUAAGCUUACAAUUAGGUGCUGGUUCAUGGAUAGGUGGCUUUGCUCAUUCCACUUUCCACACUGCAUUUCUCCUGAGGCUUUCCUUCUGUGGACUGAAUAACAUGGACAACUUCUUCUGUGAUGCAACACCUCUUAUUAAAUUAGCCUGUUCUGAUACAACCAUUGAUGAGAUUAUGCUCAUUGUAACACCUGGAAUUCUGGGACCGUUGUGCUUUCUGUUAAUUCUUGUAUCUUACCAUAAUAUUGUCAUUAGCAUUCUAAAGAUAAACUCGGCAGAAGGAAGAUCUAAAACAUUUUCUACAUGUGCUUCUCAUUUAAUUGUGGUUUCAAUUUUCUAUGGGACUGCUAUAAUUGUAUACAUACAACCAAUGUCAGUUUAUUCAUCUGCUAAUCGGUUCAUUACAGUGUUUUAUGCUAUAAUCACCCCAAUGCUAAAUCCAAUGAUAUAUACAUUAAGAAAUAAAGAUGUUAAGAGGGCAUUGCAAAAAUUAUUGUGUCAGGAAAUCAGACCUCUAUAG